AUGGAGCACAGAGUCCCUCACUGCGGCACUUGUUCUUGUCUGCCUGGCGCAGACGUUCAUGACCGGGACGAAGUCGUUGCAGCACUUUCUCCCCAGCGCGUUCAACUACUCGAAGAUCUUGAGCGGGAACUCGAGGAACUGCAGAACGGAGCGACGCGCGUUCGCCAGGCCUUGCUUUCCCUUCGCACAGAACACAACCGGUCGCUACCUGUCAAUACCCUUCCUACCGAGAUACUCUCCGAAAUUAUGGUCCUUGCUCACUACAUCCCACACCUCUACUCGCAAUGGUCUCCAGCGUGCGCUCAGGUCUGCACGCUCUGGCGACACGUUGCCUUGGCUGAGACUCCUUCUCUAUGGAGCUGUCUAAAUGUGUACGACCGUCCGAAGCUUGCUCAGGCUUUAUGCAAGCGCUUCCCGACAAUUCCUCUUCGCAUCGAUUACAGCAGAUCACUGUAUGGGCAGUCAGACAAGCCCCAUGCCCCUGCUCACGUGCUCGAGGAGAUCAUCCUCAAGAAUCCCUCCCGAAUAUUGUCACUCAUUGUUUACCCUUCCUAUGAAGACAGUAUACGAGCAUUGAAAUGUUUCCAGAAUUAUGCGCCCGCUCUGGAAAAGCUCGACCUGAUUUGUUAUUCUGACAGAAUACAUGUCUCUCCGGGCCAGGAGACGCUCAUGAACUGUCUACGCCGGGUUCGCGCCCCAAAUCUCCGAAGUCUGACCCUGGAUGCCAUACCCGCUGAUGAACAUGUCUGGAAUGUCCGCUGGUUCACGUCCUUCAGCCUGAGGCUCCUGAGUAUCUCGCAGAGCGCCACCAUGCAGCACCCUCAGGCCGGAACCGCAUCGCUUCUCAAGGACAUCCUGGACGUCCUCGAAGCAUGCCCUCUUCUAGAAGUGUUAUCGUUGGAAGGCCAGCUCCCCCAGGAGGAGCUUCCGAGUGCGCCCUCCACGCCCCCCAGUCGAAGAGUACAUCUUCCCAUGCUUCGCGACAUCUCGUUCGGCGAUACCACAAUCGACUGCGUCGCAACGCUGUUCCGGUAUCUGCAGCCUGCCUGUCCUGCCACGCUCCGGUGGGAUGUCGAUGCCACACGUACCACUCAUUUCCCCCACAUUUGGCACCUCAUCCGGCCGCACUGCGCGUCCUCCGAAGUCGACUUGCACGUCGGACAACUUUGCUUCCGGAUCAUCUGUCCGGUGACCCCAGGACGACAGUGGCCACGCACCGCCAUACAGUUCAACGAUAUGAAACAGCUUCCCGACGCUAUCCGCGUCUUUCUCGCGCAACUCAACGUCACCGGGCUCGAACUCGAGGGCCUUGACGAUGACCCGUACCCCUCAGAGGUCUUGCAAGCGAUCCUGUCCAGUUGCCCCAAUGUGCGGAACUUGGAGUUAUCGGGCUCGGCGGGAAGCGUCCUCGACGCAAUGAGAGAUUGGGACGAGUCCGACGGCCACGACGGCCUGCUCCUUCCGCACCUUACUGACCUGCGGCUCGUCAUGUGGCGCUCCGCCGCCAGUGAGGCAAUGCCGAUCCCGUGGUACGGCGAAUGUCGAGCCCAGCUGGCGGCAAGGCGCCAAUACGCGCUCAGAACGGGCCGCAAUAUGUCGCCGCGGACGCUGACCUUGGUGCACUGUCGCGGAAUAGAGCACGCGGAGAUCGAAUGGCUGAAAGGCAUCGUCCCGGAAGUUCGUGUCAUACCAGCUGAGUGA